AUGCAGUACGGCGAUGGGCUCGUGGUGGUCGCCAUUUCCGCCGUCGCGGCUCUCCUCUGCGAGUUCAUCUCGUGGGUCUUAAUCUACCGCACCGCCAGCUAUCGCGCGUUAACGCAGAGCAUAGAGAAGACGAGCCGCCGUGUGGAGUCGAUGAAGGAGCGCCAAGCGGGAGCGGCGGCGGCGGCGGCGGGAAGGAAAAGCGCGUCGCGCAAGAUCGGGCGGUUCGAACAGAGCCUCAAGGACUCGAACCAGGCGCUCAGCCGAGCCAAGUUCCAGUCCGGAGCGGUGGUGGCAGCAACGCUGCUAAUCGUCUUCGGGCUGCUCAACUCGCUUUUUGACGGCAAGCCAGUCGCCAAGCUGCCCUUUGUGCCCUUCGCCUUCAUUCAGCGCAACAUGUCACACCGCAACCUGCCAGGGGAUGACCCAACAGACUGCUCUAUGGUGUUCCUUUACAUGCUCUGCUCGCUCAGCAUCCGCCCCAACCUGCAGAAGCUGCUUGGCUUUGCUCCCCCCCGUGGCGCUGCACCCAACAUGUUUGCCGGCCUGGAUGCCAAGAACAAGUGA